GUUUUGCGUAGUCAUGUAUUUUAGAUUGCUUUGCUUUUCCAUGAUAAAUCAAAAUAUUUCAUCAGAACAAUUUUCUUAAUUUUCCCUCUUCAAAGUUUGUGACACACACCAGUUUAAUCUAUACUGUCUCUUCCACGUGUGUUUGUGUAUGUGUAAGUUUGUGUAUAUACAUGUAAUUGUGCACGUUUAUUGUUGAGAACACUGUAAGUGUCCUCGUGUAGCGCUGUACAGGUAUAGUAAUUGUAGCGGACAUUGGUACCAGUUAGCGCCUUAAGGGGGAAGAGGGGGAGGCCGAGCAGGUGGGCAAUUGCGCAUGUGGUCCAGUGGCUUGUUGGGAUCACAAGGCGGGAGCCGUGGCCAAAAGGUGGUCUCACCUCCACCAACUUCCUGCCACUGCCUUUCCUCGGCAUCGUCUCGCUCGCCUCCCAACGCUGCGCCUCGGGCAUCUGCGUUUGUCUCGCUGUGCUUUAAUUUAGCUGCAUCCCCCCUUUCUGCAUUAUUACUGUGCUAUACCUUUAGCCCCUCUUCUAUUCCCGUGUCCUGGCGAUAGCGGAUGCUGCCACAACGUCGCUAACCGGCCGCCCCCUUGGAAUACAUUGUCAUCAUGAACGGCCAUUUUGCUGCAGUAGGCGAACAGCCUACAGACGGCAACUACGAGCAUGGCGUGCAGGUCAUUGACGAAGAGAAGGAGUUCAACUCCAACCUCAACGACUACCUCCAGAAGACACAUGUCGCGCCCGCCGGCUUCAACUAUCAUCUCAUCUCCGUCUUUGGCUCACAGUCGACUGGCAAAUCUACCCUCCUGAACAACCUCUUUGGCACCGAGUUCUCCGUGAUGUCCGAAACGGAACGACGACAGACAACCAAGGGCAUUUGGAUGUCCAAGAACAAGCGCGAGAAGAGCGCCGGCGUUACCAUGGCCCAAAACAUCCUUGUUAUGGAUGUGGAGGGUACGGACGGACGAGAGCGCGGCGAAGAUCAGGAUUUCGAGAGAAAGAGUGCUCUCUUUGCCUUGGCCACCAGUGAGGUCCUCAUCGUCAACAUCUGGGAGCACCAGGUCGGCCUGUACCAGGGAGCCAAUAUGGGCCUCCUCAAGACUGUGUUUGAAGUCAAUCUGCAGCUCUUCCUUAAAGAUAAACAAUCUACCCCUCGAUCACUCCUCUUCUUCGUUAUUCGCGACCACCUCGGCACAACUCCUCUUGCGAAUCUGCGAAAUACCCUGGUCCAGGAUCUGACAAAGAUCUGGUCGACCAUCUCUAAGCCCACCGGCCUCGAAUCCUCUCGCAUUGACGACUACUUCGACUUCGGUUUCGCCGCCCUGCCACACAAAAUCCUCCAGGCCGAUAAGUUUACUUCCGAGGUACAAAAGCUUGGAGCACGCUUUACUUCUGGCCACCGCGCGUCAGACAAGGAAAGCCAGGGAGAACAAGAACUCGAAGGUGGAAUCUUCUUGCCUGAAUACCACCGCAGAAUCCCUGCCGAUGGCUUCUCCGUCUACGCAGAAGGCAUCUGGGACCAAAUUGUUCAUAACAAAGAUCUCGACUUGCCUACCCAGCAAGAGCUUCUUGCGCAAUUUAGAUGCGACGAGAUUUCCAAGGAGGUUACUGUCGCGUUUGAUCUUGUUGUAGCUCCUCUAGAAGAGCGUCAACUUGAGGCUACCAAUUUGGGCAAGGUGCUUGUGUUGGCCAACUUGAGCACACUCUGCAGUGAUGCUCGAGACGCUUGCCUUAAGGCGUUCCAGAGCCAGGCUAGCCGCUACCACAAGAAGGUGUAUACUGAUAAGAAGCUUGAGCUUGAGAGUAAAGUGGACGCCAGGCUUAAGACUCUUUACCUAGGCCAGCUGGCAGCUGCGCAUAAAGCCGGAGUGGCAACCUUUUCCGAAUCUGUAUCUGACAAGGUUAAAGCUGGACAAAGAUCUGGUGGCUCUUACGAGUUCGCUGAGAUCAUCAAAGUCCAGAAGAAGGAGGCUUUGGAUGUGUUCAAGGCUGAGGCUCAAGGACUGGCUAUCCAGGGUGUGCCAUGGACCAAUUUUAAGCCCCAAUAUCAACUUUUUGAAGCAGAACUUGAUGAAGUUAGUGGCAAACUUCGCAAGGACGAGAUGAGACGAUUAGCCAGCCGUGUUGAACGCUGGGUCAAGGGUCGCCUUACCGAUGUCGUCAGUUUUGAAUUCAACAAGCUCGGUUCUGGUAGAGGAGGCUCUGGAGCUCCCGAGUCCGGCGAAAAGCCCGACGAAGCUGAUCUUUGGGAUCGCAUAUGGAAGGUUUUCACCGAAAUUGUCUCGGACGCAGAGUCUCGAUUCAUUGAACGUGCCAAGGGCUUUGAUGCCAGCCAAGAGGAGAUGGACGUCGGACUGUGGCGCCUGCAUCGCAAAAGCUGGAGUGCUCUCCGAGAGAAGAUUGAGGAGGAGGUCAUGGAAGGAAAUAUUCUGCUCAAAUUGCGCGAAAACUUUGAAGACAAGUUCCGAUACGACGAGGCCGGUGUGCCUCGCAUCUGGCGACCUACUGACGAUAUUGAGGGCAUUUACACCAAGGCCAGAGAGUCUACAUUGACGCUUAUUCCGCUACUCUCCCGAUUCAGGCUCUCAUCUACCUAUGCCGCGCCCGACCUAGUCAGCUUCAUCGGCCCACAGCCUGCAGAGGUUGAGCAGGGUGACGAAGAAGAUUUGACCCCCAUUGGUGGCGUAGACAGUGAGGAUGGCAAGACUCUGGAAGAGGAGAUGACUGUGCUCAGUGAAAGCAAGCGCCAAGAUCUUGUGGUCCGCUUCAAGAAGACAGCCGACGGCGUCUAUGUGGAAGCCAAACGAAGCGCGAUUGGUGGCAUGGCCCAAAUCCCUCUCUACUUUUAUGCUAUCCUCGUCGUCCUGGGCUGGAACGAGCUCUGGAUGGUGCUUAGUAACCCCAUCCUGUUUGUGUUCCUGCUUCUACUUGGUGGUGGCGCCUACAUUGCAUACACACUGAAUCUCUUGGGACCCAUGCUCCAAAUGGGUAAUGCUGCAGCCACGCAAGGUAUUGACCUGGCCAAACAACAGCUUCGAGAAUUUAUUGUCAACUCGGACAUGGCCCGACAGGCUGUCGAUGCGCCACGAAACUCGCAGCGAAAAGAGCCCGAAGCUAUCAGCAUGGACACUUUGGAUAGCCGCGGCAAAAAGGCAACUACGACAGGGGAUGACUUGGAUGAUAUUUAGAUGCACGUGCUGACUUGUUUCAUAAUUCGUAGCCGUUACGCAUAAUAUGACUUAUUCACAGCGAUUGUGGCAAGUAGUCCUAUGAACGAUUAAUACGAAAUUCAGUUUGGUU